CCACCCGGCAGUAGUUGCGGAGGUCAGGCCCGCCCCUUCCUUUUUCCUUGGCUUCUUUCCGGCGGCGGCAGCGGCAGAUAGUGCAGACAUGGCCAAGAUUAAGGCUCGAGACCUUCGCGGCAAGAAGAAAGAGGAGCUGCUUAAACAGCUGGAAGACCUGAAGGUGGAGCUGUCCCAGCUGCGCGUCGCCAAAGUGACAGGCGGCGCGGCUUCCAAGCUCUCCAAGAUCCGAGUUGUUCGCAAAUCCAUCGCCCGCGUUCUCACGGUCAUCAACCAGACGCAGAAAGAGAACCUCAGGAAAUUCUACAAGGGUAAGAAGUACAAGCCCCUGGAUCUGCGACCCAAGAAGACACGUGCCAUGCGCCGCCGGCUGAACAAGCACGAGGAGAACCUGAAGACCAAGAAGCAGCAGCGGAAGGAGCGGCUGUACCCGCUGCGGAAGUACGCGGUCAAAGCCUGAGCACUGGCGUCAAUAAAACACAGACAAACUGG